AUGCAUAGUCAGGUUCGUGGCGACGGCAGGCAAGCACCUAAUCCGAGGAGGCGGUUGACCGGCCUAAGGCGUGCCGGUAGUGCUGACGUUGGCAAGUCUUACGAUAACAGUGCCGGGAAUGAUGGGAACGAUGUCAGUGACAACAGGCACUCUGAGGAAAUCAAGCAAGGACCCGGCAUUGGUAGCGGUGCUGGGGUGUCUGGACAAGGCGCCGGUUACAGUGUGGGUGACUUGGAGAACUACGUCUCAAGUGACCAAGAUGACGAAGCAUACGUGCUCGAUACAGGAGCAGAAUGGGCACUACCCAUAGGCCAACCGCACGCGUCAACGAAGGUCUCCAGUCAUGAUCGCAUGGCUCCGCACUCAGAGGCGCGUCACCGGAGUCAAGUUGCCGUUAAUGGUAUUGAUGACUUUGAUGGCUAUGUUUUGGAUGACUGGGACGAAGAAGCAUACGCGCGCGGUGCUGAAGCGCAGCUGGCGCCACCCGUGAGCCAGCCGCGCACGUCAACGAAGUUGAACGGCGGGAGCGGGCCUUCUUCUUUCAUCCAAUCAUCUCAUCCACCCCUGCUGGACGGCGCAUAUAAUGAUGGAGGAUCUGACUACCACCAAGCUCCAUCCCUUAGUGACGGUUCUCGAAGCAAUCAGAUGCCAUAUCAUGUUGAGGCUUCAGAAUUCGUCCACAAGGGGCCUAUGUCUGACCAUGAAGGAAUGAAUGCUGACCGGCGCCAGCAACGUCCGCUAUACCCAUCCUGUGGAAGUUCGAGUGGUCCUUCUACGAAAGGAGUGGUCACACCAGCGAAUUUCAACGUGGACCAACGACGCACAAGUGUUCCCGAAGCCAGCGUUGACCAAGUCCGGUCUCCGGGCGACAGUUCUUUCCGCCUUGAUCACUCACCAUUUGAUCACACUCCACCCAAAUCUGACCAUGGAUCAUAUCCGUCAAGUCCAAGGGUUCGUAUGAAGGAUGUUAUUGGUGAACCAUCGCAACGAUUUUACGAGGGUGUCGAGGACUGUAACUUCUGCUGUAUAUCCAUCAUAUAUAUCCCGGGCCCUUUACUCGGGAUUCUUGAGCAUUGUGUACUAUCUGCGAUUACGUUCCGUGGAGCCUCGCGAGCGCUCGUCCCGACAGCCCGAGUUAUUUAA